AUGACGAGCGAAGACCAACUCAUCUCCCUGCGUCGAAGACGAGGCUACUGUAGCGGCCGAUUCACAUAUUUAUCGAAUCGACUGGACGAGUACGAGCAAUCUGAGAGUCAGCAAAAUUCCUUAUUAAAGAAUUACGAGAAACAACUGACCGAAGUUGCGAGUCAAUUCGAAGCGAUUCAACUCGAAUUAGAAGUAUUGGACGAGGGGGAACAAGCGCGCGGCUUCGAAAUAAGGGAUCAGUACGUCGCGGUAGACACAAGGCUACAAAAUCUUCUGAGGAACGCGCAAACAGCUUCGCCGUCGACAUCCAUAAACCCUCCAACCUGUGCAUCAUCUGCAAGUUCAAAUCCGAUAUCCAUUAAAUUACCAGAUCUUCGGCUCCCUACCUUUGACGGAAGCUUAGAAAAAUGGAACACGUUUUAUGAUACUUUUUCCUCCACUAUCGAUAAAAAUCCUAGUCUCACUGACAUACAGAAAUUCCAUUACCUGCAGUCCGCCCUGCAAGGAGAAGCAGCCGAUUGUUUAAACGCGUUACCCCUUAGUAAUGUAAACUACAGUCAGGCUAUAGCCGUUCUCAAGGAAAGUUUCGAAUGUCCACGAUACACAGCUUUCAGUCACUGCAUGGCAAUAAUUGAUUAUCCAAGGAUAACCAAGGAAUCUCCAACGGAAUUAAGGCGCUUAGUCCACACAUUUAAACAACACAUAUAUGCAUUGAACAAAUUAGGAGAAUCCUACCCCGAUACCAGUGCUAUGCUCAACAGCCUCAUCCUCUCGAAAAUACCACUAAGCAAUGGGUGUCGCUGUAUAAAUAUCCUUUUCCUAUGUUUUCUACGAAUACAGAGUUUCCUUCUAAUGGUGUAA